GUCUUCUCUGCAGAAACCCAGGUCCCCUCUGUAGGGGCCCAGGACCCCUCUGUAGGGGCCCGUUGCUCAUCGGCAAGGGCCCAGGAACUAUCUCUAGGAAACCAGAACCCCACUGCAGGGACCCAGGAACUAUCUCCAGCGUUCCAGGAGCUAUCUGCAAGGACUCAGGAGCUCUCUGCAGGGGCCCAGGACAUCUCUGCAGGGACUCAGGACCCCUCUACAGGGGCCCAGGACCCCUCUACAGGGGCCCAGGACCUCUCUACAGGGGCCCAGGACACCUCUACAGGGGCCCAGAACCCCUCUACAGGGGCCCAGGACCUCUCUACAGGGGCCCAGGACACCUCUACAGGGGCCCAGAACCCCUCUACAGGGGCCAGGACCUCCCUACAGAGGCCCAGGAUCUCUCUACAGGGGCCCAGUACCCCUAUACAGGGACUCAGAACCCCUCUACAGGGGCCCAGGACCUCUCUACAGGGGCCCAGGACACCUCUACAGGGGCCCAGGACACCUCUACAGAGGCCCAGGACCUCUCUACAGGGGCCCAGGUCCCCUCUACAGGGGCCCAGGACCCCUCUACAGGGGCCCAGGACCCCUUUACAGGGACUCAGGAACCCCUCUACAGGGACUCAAGACACCUCUACAGGGACUCAGGACCCCUCUACAAGGACUCAUCACCCCUCUACAGGGACUCAAGACACCUCUACAGGGACUCAGAACCCCUCUACAGGGGCCCAGGACCCCUCUACAGGGACUCAAGACACCUCUACAGGGACUCAGGACCCCGAAGACCAUGCGUCCCCACGGCGAGACCCACUCCUCCUCGCCCGCGGAACCUCUCAUCCCGGCGCGGCUCCACUGAGGGAGACAAAGGGGGCAGCGGAGAGGGGACCUGGUCUGGAGAGGUGUGGGGCAUGGGCAGGCGGGGCAUGGCCGUGCUGCCCCGGGGCAGCCUCGCCUGCCCUUUCAAGAAGCUGCGGAAGCGCGCACGGGCACUGCUGCUGCUCCUGCUGCUGGGGCUCGCAGCAGCGGGAGCGAUAGCCACGUGGGCUGCGGCGUGCGCCGAGGAGACGAGAGGAGCAGGAAGAGGAGGAGAGGAGGAGGAGGAGGAGGGCGCGAGAGGGACAGGGGUCGGGAGGUCAGAGAGCGUGCGGGGCAGAGUGCGAGACGAGACGAGACCCGGCGGUCCAGUCUCUCACCUCUCCUCCCCAGACCGGCGGCCGUCCGUACCUCCACCGGGGGCCCACAGCAGGGUGGACCUGGCCGCGAUGCUCGCGUCCCGAGGCCCCGCGCCGCGCCGUGAGGAGGCAAACGGCGGAGUCGCCGCGCCCUGGUCCCCUGACUUGUUGGGUCGUGCCAACAUGCACGUGUACGAGGAUUGGUGCGGCGCAUCUGUGGCUCAACUGCGAAAGAAUGUACACUUCCCUCUCUACCCGCACUCUCGCAGCGUGAUCAGCAAGCUGGCCGUGUCUCCCCGCUGGGUCAACUACGGUCUCAGAAUCUUCGGCUACGUCGUCCCUACUGCCACAGGCCUCUACCAGUUCGCCGUCACGUCGGACGACAACAGCGAGCUCUGGCUCAGCCGGGACGCGGCGCCGGCCAACGCCACACUCGUCGCCUCCGUGGGUCCGACCGGCCGCGAGUGGACAGCGCCGGGAGAAUUCCGAAAAUUUAGCUCGCAGAUCUCCAGACCAACCCGGCUGGUGUCGUCACAACGCUACUUCUUCGAGCUCCUCCACAAACAGGACGACAAGGGGACUGACCACGUCAUGGUGGCCUGGAGUCGCCUCGGUGCUCGCGGGCGGUUCCGCGUCGUCGACUCACGCCACCUGUCCCUCUACGCAGACGAGAGGGGCCUGGGCAUGGACGAGACGGGUCACGUGCCCCUGACCCCGGGGGGGUUAGGGGGGCCCCCACCCCGGGGGGGGACGAGCCCCUCCCCCAAACACCCCGCCGCCAUGCUGGCGUACAGCCCGCAGGACACCUUCUUCACGGUGCCCCUGCUGGAUGAGCGCUGGCUGGCUGGCGGGCUGCCUGGCUGUGCCUACAAGCCGACCUACACCAUCCGAGGCCAUCCGCUCCUGCGCUACCAGGGCCUCCAGUUCGUGUACCUCUCCUACGUCUACCCCAACGACUUCACGCGCCUCGCGCACAUGGAGAGCGAGAACGCGUGCGUCUACGAGCAGCGCGCCCUGGGUGGGGGGGCGGCGGCCGGGGGGAGCCCCCAUGGGGUGGACUUUAGCCGCUACAUGAAGGUGGACGCUGCCGAGGCCGGAGGGCAGGAGAACGCAGCCACUCAGUUGCCACGACCCCCAGACGCGGAGAGGCGAGCGGUCACGGGGAGGGUCACGGAGAGGGUCACGGGGAGGGUCACGGAGAGGGUCACGGGGAGGGUCACGGAGAGGGUCACGGAGAGGGUCACGGAGAAGGUCACGGAGAGGGUCACGAGGAGGACCGCAGCGGUGGUGGGGAGCGAUCGUGGGUGCGUCGGCCCCGCGAGUUGGGACCGCUCCGCGCGAGCUGCACGAACGGGUAGCCGAGCCCAGGAGGCACCCACGGCCGACGCGAGGCCCUCGGGGUCGCGGCCUCCGCGUGGCUGCGGGGCGCAGGGGCCGCGGACCUCCGUCUCUCCGGGGGCGCCCGGGACGAACGGCAGCAGCGGCGGCGUUGGCGUCCGGCGCGACGAGGAGUCGGCGUCUGCCGGCGGAGCGACGAGGAGACCUCGCCGCGACUCGAACCCCGACCCCGAGGCGGGGGACGCUCGCGGCUGGCUCCGGCGGUCCGGCCGCGACUCCCGCGAGAGUCGGGAGCACUCCAGCCGCUCCCUCCUCGUCCUCGAGGGCUUCGGCCCCGAGCCAAACAUCUCGGAGCGUCGGGGCGACCUCGACCGAACCGGGACACGAACCGGGACUUCGCUCCUCCUCGGCGGCGGUGGCGGCGGCCGCCUGGCAGGGGGAGGGGCCGCGCGCCCCCCGAUCGAACCCCCGCCGCCCUCCCGCACCCCGGCGGUGACGGCCGCCGAAAGCCGGGGCCCGGGUCCGGGACGCGCGGGGCCGGGGCCCUCGUCCGCGGGGCCCCCCGAGAGGCCGGGCCGCGGGGAGGCGGCGCUGGACUGGGGCCGCACGUUCGCCGCGCGAGGCCGCGUGGAUGUGGAGCGGGCGAGGUCGGACCGCAUCGACCUGCGGUGCAACGUGGCCGGCAACGCGCUGGCGCCGGCGCGCGAGGCGCUGGCGGUGGCGCGCAGAUUCGUGCAGCUGCUCAACGCCCGCGGAGCCCAGCGGCAACAAAGCUCCUCCAUCCUGCAUCAGAGACGCCUCAACCAGAUCAAGCGAGGCCGCAGACUCGACCCUGGGGGGGUGCCGUGCUCUGCUGCGACCCCCCCACUCCCCCCCCCCCUUCCCCCCCCCCCGUCGCGUUCCGUUCUAACGCCGCCUGCGUCCAUCAUCCCCGGCCCCGCGUUGCCGCGCAGCGCGCUGCGCCUGCGCCGGGCCGUGGCCGUGGAGAAGCGCCGUGACGGCGCCAGGGGCGGCCGCUACCUCCUGGAGCUGGAGGUGGAGGUCAAGGUCGGGGCCGAGGCCGGCUCCACCGAGGCCCCCGUGGCGCGCCUCUCGCAGUACGUGUACGCCACGUGGGCCCAAGGUCCCCUCCGCCGUCGCGGCAGAGGCGGCGGUCACGUCGACGGCGAGGACGACGAGGACGACGACGACGAGGAGGAAGACGAGGAGGAGGAGGAGGACUACCGCGGCGACGGGCGACUCCACGGCGGUGCGGAGGUUUACGAAGGCGCCGCCCGCAAUGACGACGACGACGACGCCGCCAACGACGGCGGAUACGACGAGGAGGACGAGGGGGACGAGGGGGACGAGGGGGACGGCGUGGACACGAGCAGCGACGUGGCGCUGCUCGUGCCGGCCUCCAGGGCGAGGGCCUUCCACCUGUGCAGGCCCCAGGGCUUCUCGUGGAGGCCCAACGUGAUGGUCCACUUCAUUGUGCCAGUGAAGAACCAAGCCCGCUGGGUGCGCCAGAUCAUCUGGGACCUCGAGGAACUGUCCAGGGUGACCGGUGAUCGGCGCUUCUCGCUGAUCAUCGCCGACUACGACAGCGGCGACAUGGACAUCGAGAGGGCCCUGAGAGCGAGCUCCCUGCCCAGUCAUCAGUACGUGAGGCUCCAAGGGAACUUCGAGCGGUCGGCCGCUCUGCAGGCCGGGGCUGACCUCGUCAAGGAUGCGCACAGCGUGGUGUUCCUGUGCGACCUCCAUCUGCACUUCCCGUGGGGAGUGGUGGACGCAGUGAGGAGGCACUGUGUGGAGGGCCGCAUGGCCUUCGCCCCCAUGCUCAUGCGGCUCAGCUGCGGCAGCCUUCCCACGGAGCCCGACGGCUACUGGGAGGUGAACGGCUUCGGCCUUCUCGGGAUCUACAAGUCAGACUUCGACCGCGUCGGGGGGAUGAACACCCAGGAGUUCCGGGACCGCUGGGGCGGGGAGGACUGGGAGCUGCUGGACCGGGUGCUGUCCGCCGGCCUGGAGGUGGAGCGCCUGCGAUUGCGCAACUUCUACCACCACCACCACUCGCACCGCGGCAUGUGGCACCGCAACGGGGCCGCGCCGCACGACCGCCACGGGGACUGACGGCCGCGCAGGUCGCGACGCGGUCGCCAAAUCCGGGCUCAUCGCAGUGGUGCGGGCGAGGCUGGGGCGGGAGAGGCUGGGGCGGGAGAGGCUGGGGCGGGAGAGGCUGUGGCAGGAGGCUGUGGCGGGAGAGGCUGGCGGAGGGCACCACCAACCCUCCCAUUCCCCCCAUCAGAAAAAUGUGUGGCCCGGAACCUGGGCACGCCCCUGGCCCGUGGGGCCUGGUGCAGUUGCACCGCCUACACACUCGAUAGCUAUGCCACUGGUUCAUGGGUGUGCGUGAAAGUCGCGUGUUUAUGUUUGUGUGACGAUUAUCUGAACCGCUCCUAGGCCUCCCUUAGGUGGACUCAGCUUCAAAUGAGUACCUGGUGCGGUGCGUAAACAUCGCCACUGGAGAGACAAAGGUGGCCGGGCGUGGUGCUGGCCACCCAAACCAUCGUGUGCCGUACUUGCUAAGAGCACUUGCCGCAAAAGUCUGUUAAGACUACAUGGGGGAUGAUCUGUGUUGCACAGGGUGUAGUGGGGGAGUGGCGGUACAUUGGUUAGUGCCAUGCGCUACGAUCCUGACAGAUUUGGUGUGAUUCUCGACCACGGCAAACAUCAGAGGCGAGUGAUAUCUUAAUUCCUGCGCCUCCCCAAGGUCGACUUAAGCCUUAAAUGAGUACCUGCUCUGGUGUAUUAACAUCAGCGCUAGGGAGACAAAGGCGGCCGGGCGUGAUGCCGUGUCAGCAUUAACAGGCACUCGCAAACAAACACUUGCCCUAACAGUCUGUAAGGCUAUACGGGGGGGGAUCUUUGUCUGUGUUGACGACAGUGAUGAUGAUUACAUUUCUAUGAUAAUUAAAUUUAAUUACAAUUAACGAGAAGA